AUGAGGGCACAAUUGGCCCGCCAUGCUCGACGGGUCCUUGUCCAGCACGCCCGGUGCCCGUCCUUCGCACUCUACUCGACUCCCCUGCGCCGAACGCUCCCUCCCAGAUCGAUAAAUAACGGAAAUUCACGUCGAUACCUAUUCGAAGGUCUAUUUCAGAAAGCGCCCCGAGAGGUGCGGGAGCCCGAAUUCGAGCCGGGAUGGAUGAAGAUUAUGGUCUGGCGGAGUCGCAUGCUCGACAAUCUGCGUCCCCCGCCGACAGAGGAAUUGGUUCAAGCUUGGAGAUCAUUCUUUGAUGGGAAAAUGUCUAGCCGGAGGCCAUUGAACGGUACCCAGGCCAUGCAGUGCCGCCGACUUCUCAACUACCUUGUGGAAAAGCGCGAAGCAUCCCCCGAGUCGAAAUCGAAGCUGGAACGAUCCGACAUAGUCAAGGCCCUCGACGCCCUCGCCCAAUUGAGGCCUCGUGAGAGGACCCAAGACCACCUCGAGUUUGCCAGAUCCAUAUGGUCCACCCUCUGCUCAAACAAUAUGGAUGAAGCGCAGUGGGCGCCCACUGGUGCCAAGUGGCCGCAGUACCUCAGUAUAUUAUGUGCUUUUGGAGGCUCUGAGGAAGCUCUGGACUUGCUCCGUGCCCACUGGAAGGAAGUUGUCAAGCGCAGCGAUACUUUCAAACGGACUCCUUUCUUGUCCGUGGCUCAGGCCUUGGCCUCUGAUGGACAUGAGGAGAAACUGCUGGAACUGGCUCAAUACGCUGAGGAGAACGGUAUCCCUUACGGCAAGCGUCUUCAAACCAUCAUGGUUUCCUUUUUCAUCCAGAGAAACCGGCCCGCCGAGGUCAAGGCCUGGUUCGAGAAGAAAAUCUCUUCCCAGCAACGCUCCUUUGAGAUUUACCCUCAGUUGGCUCAUUUUGCUGCCCGCCACGACCUGAAGGAUUGGGCGGUGCCCUUCUUCCUCGAACUAGGGACAGGAUUAACUGGCCAGAAAACUGAAAAGAAGUAUUGGGAUGCUUUGUUCCAGGGAAUCUUGAUCCUUGGAAAGGGCCUCAAGGAAGUGGAGGUCAUGAUGGCCAACAUGGAAAAGAUCUCUAAGGGAAUUCUAAAGGCGGAUACGAGCACCAUCAACGGCCUCCUUCGUGCUGCCAUUGAGAUGGGGGAUUCGGCGUUGGUGGACGAAAUACUGCCACUGGCCAAGACCGAGGGGCGUGAGUUGAAUGGUGAAUCCCACCUGAUCUUGAUGAAGAUGCACCUCCUGUCAGGCUACCUGCCAGGAGUCCAGGCUGCUUACAAGAAGGUGACGCACUUUGAGCCCUGGCAUGCUGAGCCUGAUCUUUGGUGGGAGUUUAGCCAGUUGUUCAACGAGUACCUCGUUGCACUUUGCGCCCAGAAGACGCCGGAUUACAAGCUUAUUGCCGAGAUGCUUGAGUCUUCAGAGGAAAUCCAAGUGCUUCUUGACCCAGAGACGGUCGCUACUCUUUGUAUCCGUUUCUUGGAGAACGAGCAGCACUUUGAGGUGAUGGAUGUUCUGUCUGUUCACGCGUUUCACUACAGCGCCGCAGAACGAGCAGUGAUUCAAAACGCCCUUGUGGACUUUUGUAUCAACGAGCCCAGUACCUCGCGGGCAUGGACUGGAUAUCAGCUUCUGCGGCAGUUCUUCCAGGAUCUCAGCUUCGAGCACCGUGUGAAGCUGAUGGAUGCGUUUUUCGAGCGCAAACGCCCAGAUAUGGCAACCCAUGUCUUUGGCCACAUGCGACAACACCGAAACAACGACUAUCAUCCCAAGCGCGAGACGUACAUUUCCUGUUUUGAGGGCUUGUCACAAAGCCCAGACCCCGAGGCUCUGGAGAUGGUCUACAACAUGUUCAAGAUGGAUAUGACGGUAGAGCCAGACACGCAGCUGUACACAUCGCUCAUCCUCGCUCACGCGGCCAGUGAUAAGCCUCUCCAGGCAAUAGAUUUCUGGCAGCUGAUAGCGUCAUCACCUGAGGGUCCAACAUACACCAGUCUAGAAGCAAUCUUCUGGGCUCUUGAGCGCAGCCCGAGAGGGGCCAAGAAGGCCCAUUCAAUCUGGAAGCAGCUGGAAACGCUUGACGUGGAGAUCCCGCCCCAGGUUUACAACGCUUACUUGGGUGCUAUGGCUGGCAGCGGGGAGCUGGAGAAGGUGGAGGGCAUGAUCACAGAGAUGCGCUCAAGGACGUCGAGUGAGCCAGAUGAUAUGACAUUAGGCAUAGCGUUCAAUGCUUUGCCAGGACAGGCCAUGCAGGAGGCCUUUAAGAAAUGGGCCAAGGCGCAGUAUCCAGAGGCUUGGGAAGUCCUGGAGAAGAGAGGCAAGCGGUUGAACAGGGAUUCGCUAUGCCAGUUCAAGCUCAACAGAGUGUUGAGGGCUUGA